CUUUCGUCUUUCCGUGGGAACGGUGGUUUUGCAAAAUUACAUUUUCCAUUAAGAGUGAAAAGAUUAAGCAAAGGUUUUUCCGGACCAUCUAAGUCAGUUUAUUUAACUCGCCUUUUUUGCAUUAUCUUGUCAUUUGGUUUAUACAGUUUAUAAAGUUUUGAAGGAAUUCAAAUUGUAUUUGUUUAAGAGGUGCACCUGUAGAGGUGUCUGCUUGGGAACGUUGAGAAAUCGAUUUUAUAUUGCUUAUUACACCAAGUAGUGCAUGGCGCUUUAUUAAAGAUGUCGGUCGGCAUUGGACGAUGUUGGAAAAUGAAAAAUUUACGAAGACGAGAAUUGCUUACUUGCAAGUCUAUCUUCAUAUUAUCUAAGCAAUGGAGUAAGGUCCUUCCGCAUAACCAUGCAAGAUAUUGUAGCAUUACCAAGCAUCAAGGAAAGGAAAAAAAGCGAAUUGCAACAUACAAUUUAAACUACAAAUAUGGUCUUCCUCACAAAGAUUCAAAUAUACCCACUAUUGAGUUUAGUGCAGUGAAAAAUGAGACGAAAAAGGAGAAAAGAUUUCGUCUAUACAAGUUGAAUUUGAUGGCAUGGCAUCAUGAGUUUUGGCUGAAACAAAACGAGAAAUUUAAUCAGGAGAAGAAAGAGUACCUACAGAGAAGAAAGGAUCACCGUAAAAUAACAGAAGGAAAAGAAAGUGCUGAUGACCUGUCAAUUUUCUAUAAAAAUUUCCUUGAUAGGAAUUUUUAUGUACAUUUUGCAUAUCAAAGAGAAUGGUACAAAAAAAAUGCUUGGCUGUUUUGGUUUGGUCUUUUAGUUGGAAUAGAAAAAUUACAGAAUAAAUUGUUGUCUAAGGCCUCUACCAAAAGUUAAGACAAAUUGCUAAUGAAAUUUCCCUUAUUUUUUGUGUAAUAAGAUUUGAAAUAUUUAUUUAUUCUGCACAUCCCCAGUUUAUUGAUGAAUAGAGGUGAAAUUUUUGUACAAGGCAGUAAGAGAAAUUCUUAUAUAGAUCACAAAGUCAUAAAACAGUAUUCCUAUAACAAAUUACAAAUUUCAAUAUUUAGUUUUGUAUUUACCCUAAAUGAAAAUAAUAAGUAAGCUCCAUUCCCUUUAUUGCUGUAUGCCAGAUUGCUUAUUGUUAUCUAAUAGUACAAAAUUAAAGCACUAAAGUCAUGCCAA